GAGCAUCAUCAUCGACUACACAUCACAUUCAAAAAUGGCUCUCGGAAGAAUACCCCAAUCGUCUUACUACGACAAGAACAAUCGACCAUCUGCCGCACUCUACCGUGCCAGACAGCCAUAUCUCAUCCGCAAUGGACUGACCGGCCUUGCAUUAUUCGGCUUCGUUGCGGGAGUUUAUACAUGGACAAUCCGUGCCAUCGGGCAAGAUGACUUCUCCGACGUUCCCGUUCCCGAUGCGCCAGUCGAGAACGCAGCAGCACCGCAUUCGAGUAUGGUCAGGAGUGCUGGACCAAAGUGAUCUUAUGGUUAGAAGGACACGGGCGAUGAAAGAAAGUGAGAAGACCUAAACAUUAGGCAUGAUACAAUAUCCAGCGGCAUUGCAAGGCGUUCAAGGAACAGGAGGAUCAUGCCGGUCGCAGACCAUCGUCCACGAUAUCCAGAAAGAUCGCGGCACUCCAAAAUUCUCGCGCUCCCUAAAGUAGAGGAGCAAUUAUGUCCACGAGGCGGACAGCUGCUGGCAUACGACUAGUCGAGCAUUCGCUUCGGAGACAUUCGAGUGCGAUCUGUGCGGAGCUUUGAGUGCUAUAGACACGGCUGUCGCGAGGGUUUGCUACGCUCGCUUUACGGUCAGGGAUAUGGCCAGCUUUCAAAGCUUCGGACUGUUGCUAAACGACCUCUUCAGUAGCCUGCGCGGCCAGCUUGUAUGGCAUGUACAGAGAUGAGCC